AUGGCUCCACGGGUGCCGCCAUGGGUGCCUCAACGAACAGUUGCUGAAAUGGAUACGGAAUUUGAUGAGCUUGCCUCUGCUUUAUCCAAAGAUCCAAGGGACCAAUUGACCUCUGGUAUAGGUGAAAUAACAACCAGAUUACGUUCACGUGGCUCUCGAACUGACAAUGAACGUGAUCAAUUUGAUUCAGAUGUGGCAAUGGAUGAAAAUAAUCAAAUAAAUGCUGCAACACACAACACUGAAGGCCUUGCUAAGAGUGGAAGAAAACUUACAAUUAACAAUCAACUUCGCAAGAGAAGAGCAAAAGGAAAGCAUAUUGAUAUAAAGUUCCCUAAAGAGUUUGCAAAACAAAAGUUUCCUGAGCUUUCAGAAGAAGAUAAAGAUUGUGCCAUGAGACAAGUAGAGAGUCAAUAUAAUAAUCGGCGUUACCGUCUACUUCAAGCUUACCGAAACAACAAGCCAAGGCCACAACAUGUCUCACCAGAAGGUUGGCAAUGGUUGAUAAGGAAUUUGUGGACGGAUGAUGAUUUUCAGAAAAGGAGCAACCAAAACUCUAUCAACAGAGGAAAGCAAGAGAUGGGGUCCAAAGUAGGAACUAGAUCAAUUGCUCAAAUCGCUUAUGAUCUGCGACACCCAGAAACUGGUGAAUGGCCUACUGCUAUGCAAGUUUGGAAGGCUACAUAUCAAAAGGCUGAUGGGACAUGGUCCAUUCCAACAGGUGAAGAAAUAAUGACCAAACUACAUGAAGCUGCUGGGAUACAUCAAGAAAAGAUUUCUUCUGCGCCCGUGCCAAUAGUGGAGCACUUCGCACUAGUUCUUGGUCGAAAGCCAAACCAUUCACGUGGUGUUGGCAUUCGUGCUGUAAACCGAGUGGCUGAGGAAAGAAUCAGAUUGCAGGUGCAAAUUGAGGCUUCAGAACAGCGUGAAGCUGCAGCUCGAGCACGUGCAGAUGCUGCUGAGCAACGUGCUGAGGCUGCUGAGCAACGAGCACAAGCUUUGGAAGGCCAAGUUUCCACGGUGGUCGAAACAAAUGCACAACUGCAAGAAGAGCAACAAUCCCAACGUGAUGAGAUGAGUUCUUUGCGUCAAGCACAGAGUGGAGAAGUUGCUCGCCUAGUGAGGGAACAACUUGAUCAUCAAAUGGCUGCAUUAAUUGCACGCAUUGGUGCCUCACAGCCUCCAGCAUCUUAG